UCCCUCCCGCCCCUCCCUAAAUUUUCCCUCCCAUUCAAAUUCACCUCAUCACUUCAGCCUGCGGAAGACAUCACAUUCCCUACUUCAGAAACUUCAAUCCCCUCUCUCUUUCUUUCGUUUCUCUGAGCUACCGAGACCUUCGCGAUGGAUGCCUCCAAGCUCAGGAGCCUACCUCCCGCCAAGAGGUUCAGCGCGAUGCACCGAAGUCGCGACAAGGAGAACAUGGAUACCCCCUCCAACUCCAACUCCACCUCCACCUCCCCCUCCCACCUCCCACUCCCGGCGAAGAAGAGGAAGGAAUCCCGACAUUUCAGCACUCCACCGGAAGAUCCGUUGGCUCCAAUUGGCCUCACCACCACCACCACCACCUCCUACUGCUUGCCGGCUAAGAAGCGGGUGUGGGCCUUUCGUCCUGAAUUUGAGUUUACGCCGCUCUCCCCUAUCGACCUCAAUGUGGAGUACAAGCCUCCUCUUGGUCAUCCCCCUCCUCCUCCUCGUCCGUGUGCGGAUGAUGAAGCAACACGAGCAGACCCCAAAAUCAUACGUGGAAAAGAUCAAGACCGAGGAGUAGUGAAAAAGGAGUGUUCUGCUUCAGUUUGUAGCGUAGAUGAAGACGCCCGUGAGUUUGCCCCUCGAGAAGAUGAGAUCACCGAAGGAGAGGAUAAGAAUGAUGCUACUGCCAAUGAUGAUGAUGAUGGGAUCAUCUGUGCAAUUUGUCAGAGCACAGAUGGAGACCCAAAAGAUCCGAUUGUGUUCUGCGACGGGUGUGAUCUUAUGGUGCACACUAGUUGCUAUGGUAGCCCCCUUACACAGGGUAUCCCUGAAGGUGAUUGGUUCUGCAAUCAGUGCUUAGCGGCCCCCAAGGGGCGUAACGCAGACACUUUCUUAUGCUGCUUGUGUCCAACCAAGGGAGGCGCCCUGAAAUCCACUGCCGAUGGUCGGUGGGCCCAUGUAGUUUGCGCCCUCUUUGUUCCAGAAGUGUUCUUUCAUGACUCGGAGGGAAGGGAUGGGAUUGAUUGCUCUAAAGUCCCCGCUAGGAGGUGGGACCGGAGAUGCUAUGUUUGUGAAGGGACAAGCGGUUGUGCUCUUGACUGUUCAGAGCCCAAAUGCCCUCUAUCAUUUCAUGUGACUUGUGGGUUGAAGGAGGAUCUGUGUAUUGAGUACAAAGAAGGGAAGGGUAAGGGCGCUGUUGUUGCCGGUUUUUGCAAGAGGCACACCGAACUUUGGGAAAAGCAACAACAAACGGGAAAGUUCAAGAUUGUAGCGCGGGAAGAGCAGCAAUAUAGCAUUCCACGGGGGCCAAAGUUUAAUGCUAUGAUGACAUGAAUGAUUUGAUGAUUGUUCCAGGAGAAGAACUAUCAUUGUUUGGUUGAUGUAGGAGUUUUAGUUUGUAAUUGUUUAGUCGGGAUCUUUCUUUUAACCGGCAUAUAAGUUUAGUCCAUGAUAGACUGUCAUUACUUCACUAAGUUCAAUCAUAUGUUUGUAACCCUUUCACCUUGCUUCUCUCCUUCGGCUCACUGACCGGUCUUUGGAUUAAUGUUAUGGACCCUGCUGAUCUGAUGGUAUCACAACGAAUAAUUGCAUUUCCUUCAGCAGCAUCUGUAACUUAUCGAACCCACUUCCACCGACUCCACUGUGCCUGUUUUCGGAUGGACAUGCGUUCAGAUUCUCAGAGCAGAUUUGCUUGUGGUAGUUUUCGCUUUCAGGUCAGAUGAUUGUCAGUAUUGGUUCAUGCUUUGCUUUGUUGAACAAGGCUUGAUGUUUACGAUG